AUGUCGUGGACCCAGGUAGACUUCAGUUGUGUACGGUACUCACCCGUAGAAGGUACACACUAUUUCCAUGACCCCGCAUACCCUGCUUCCAUCCAGUUCCUGCUUUCCGGUCGCUGGGAAUCAUGGGACGUCAGCUACGUAAAACACAAGGCCCAGGACCCUGAUAUACGCCGCAUUGCAGAGGAAGCCGAGACGCGACUUAUUAGGGAUCCAUACGCAGGAUAUGCUCCCUGGCCGUCUCCACCUCCAUCCUCUACAGGUCCUCCACCGCUAGGUCCUGGCCAUGGACAGGCCACACCCGACCCUAACAUACAUCCAGCUCUCCUUACACCACCAUCAUCUACGGCAGUCGAGCAAGCUGUUCCACCAUCGCCACGAGAUCUUAGUACACCCCCGUCAGCGACGGCCCCACCUACCACUUAUGCUUCUCCAUAUGCACCCCGACCUGUUAUCAAUGAUGCCCCCACACAGUCGGCGGAGCAUAUUCCAGCGGGGCAGACGCCACCAAACGAUGUCCCUCACAACCACAGCAGUAGUGGACCAUCGCCUCCACAGUUCAGGCCCAUCACAUGUGAUCCCGCGUUCGCUCCUCCAAAAAGAGCGGAAUCGCCCCAGAAAGCCAUCCUCUCGCGUACACGUGAAACCAAGAUCUUGCUUUCAAUUGAUGGCGAUGGUAUCCGAGGAUUGUCUGCUCUUCUUUUGGUCGAAUCACUGGUCAAUGCAAUAUGUGUCAAAGUCGGGCAGCGCCUAGACAGUCAUCAGAUCUUUGACUUGACAGGCGGUAGCUCUCUCGGUGGUGUGAUAGCCAUCAUGCUUUGCCGCCUUCGCAUGCAAGCUUAUCGAGCCAGGGAAGCAUACAAGCAGAUUGCAAAGCAGGUGUUCUGUAACAAGCGAGACUAUUUCAAGUAUCUGGAUCCUCACGCACAUUCACGAACAGUCGAUGACACUGCGCUGGAGAAUGAGAUCAAGAAUGUCAUACAACAAGAGUUGGGUAACCCAGAUGAGAUACUUCUGGACGUACGCCCAGAUUCAGGAGAUGUCUUUGCAAUCACUACGCAAAUGGAUAUCGGUACCAACCGAGCAGCACUGAUACGGUCGUACCAAACUCGACGCAUUACCGGCCCGGACCUAGACCAAAAUAUGCCCAUAUGGAAAGCAAUGAAGGCGACCUCUGCCGCCUCAAGAUACGUACAAUCAGAGCCCGGAUUCCCCCAACGCUUUGUAAUCGAAAAAGGCCUCGUAGAUCACGGAACAUCGAAGAACAACCCUGUACGAGACAUACUCUUCGAGUGCCGGAAGCUAUUUCGCUAUGCCAAUGACAUGAUGAUUGUGGUCUCCGUCGGUACCGGUGUAGGUAUAAAUCGCAACAAUGAAAUACCCGAGAUGGCGAAUAGCGUUGAAGACCGAAAAUCUGAGGCGAGAGCAUGGAGCGAAAAGUUUGAGACGGAACAUAGUGCUCUUAUGGAGAGGAAUUGGAUGAAAUACUUUAGGUUCGAUGUUACGGGCUUGGAGGACGUCCCGCUAGAGGAGUGGUGCCAUGAAGAUCUUAUCAUGAAGAAGACGUCAGAAUACCUGGCACAGGCUGAGGUGGGAGAGAGGUUUUAUGCAUGCGUGGACGCAAUUGCGGCGCUGUUGCUAGGUCCGCAAGGGAGGUAA